UGGCAGUUGGGAGCUGCAGCCAUGUAUUGACUUUUGUAACACGUAUCUCCUUUGAGGUUGCAUUUUUGCAUUGAACGUCGUAGGGUGAUUAAAUAACACAUGGCUUCAAUAUGGAGGUGUUUGAGAUUUGCACGCGUGGUUCCGAGAACACUGUGGUCUGGUAACCUCCAGACUCUAGUUUUUGUUCCUGGAGGACGAGGCUUGGAGUCGAGUCUGAGAGCUGUUCGUCCCGAACACAAUAAGUUACAGCUCAGAAGAGGGUUUAGUUCAGAUCCAUCGAACAACAAUGUGACCUAUGAGGAACUGAAGCAGUUGCUGGCCAAAGGGAAGGCUGUGGUCAUCGAUGUCCGAGAACCCUGGGAGCUGAGGGAGUUUGGCUUCAUCCCAGGAUCUAUCAACGUCCCAAUGGCACAGGUAAACUCUGCUCUCCAGCUGUGUCCAGAAGAGUUCAAGGAAAAGUAUGGUGGAGAAAUGCCAGAGCAGACAGACAUUGUUGUGUUUACAUGUCUGGCAGGAAUUCGCAGCAAGAGUGCAGUCAAUGCAGCGGCUUCGCUGGGAUACAAAGAAGUCCAGCAUUACUCUGGUGGAUGGAAAGACUGGGAAAAGAAUGAGAGAAUAAUCUGAUCCUGGAAUAGAAGAGACAUGUUUUUAGGUUAUAAAAUUAAAUACAAAAGUCGUGUGUGUUAAACAUGGAGACUUGAAAAUGAUUUAGGAAUUGUGACCACGGAGUUUUUAGAGAGAUCUCAGCACAUCAGGAGGGAAGACUUAUAAAUAUUGAGAAAUGCACUCAGGUUACAGACUGAUAUUCUGCUAAAUUAUUUUGCAAUGUAAUUAAAUAUGGGCCUUUUGCUCCUUUUUUGACUAAUUAUGCAAUAGCUACAGUGUGAAAUUCCCUUAAUGAAGAGCUCUAUAUAAUGUAUUGUAAAUAAUAAAUCAUGUUGUUUUGUUGACUGACAACAGCGGACAAAUAAAAUUGUUGUUUUGAAUAUCUA